AAAAGAGAGUAGAAAUUGUGCAAUUGCACUUGGCAAAGAAAGAAGAGAGAGAGAGAGGGGGAGAGAGAGAGAGAGGCGCAACCCACCUUCACUAGUUCUCAAAGUGGCAUCAUCACCCAUUUGCACCAAGAUCGCAACAACGACACUUGACACACCAAUUCUUCGAUACGAGGUUUCUCUGUUCAGUCAUCAAUUCUCAUCUAUAAGGCCUGUGCUAAAAUCCAGGACGCAGUUGCUUGAUUAAUUUCCAAGACUUCAUCUAGCUGUUUUAAUUUUGAAGAAUAAGAAGAAUGCAAUUGACUAGUACAUUUAUUUUUUCGGUUUGAGUGGCUGUAUUAUAUGGUUUUAGGCCUUGUGAGUGUAAACAGCAUGGAGGAUAUUCAAUUGGAUAUUAAUUGGGACGAUCUCGUCUGUCCUAUAUGCUUGGACUUUCCUCAUAAUUGUGUGCUCCUUCAGUGUUCGUCAUAUGAUAAAGGAUGUCGUCCUUUUGUUUGUGACACAAAUCAAUUGCACUCAAAUUGUUUGGAUCGUUUUAAAAAUGCAUGUGGCAUGCCGUCCUCUCCAGUGUCUGAUGCAGUCUCGACUGAUAAUAGUGAGCCUGUGGCAUCAGAUGAUCAAUGCAAUCUAACUUGCCCCUUGUGUAGAGGUGAGGUUUCUGGGUGGAUUGUUGUUGAUAAAGCUCGCUCUCAUCUUGAUGAGAAGAAGCGUUGUUGUGAUGAGGUGGGAUGUAAAUUCAUGGGAAGCUACCUGGAGCUACAAAAUCAUGCUCAACUUGAACACCCUCAUUCACGCCCAUCAAAAAUUGAUCCUGCCCGGCAGCUUGAUUGGGAGAAUUUUCAGCAGUCCUCUGAGAUUAUUGAUGUUUUGAGCACUAUUCAUUCAGAAAUACCACGGGGGGUGGUUUUGGGUGAUUAUGUGAUUGAAUAUGGUGAUGAUGAUGCAAGAGAUGAGUUUGAGGACUUCCCUGGUGUUGAGGGCAACUGGUGGACCUCUUGUAUUCUGUACUUUGACAACUUCAGAAGUUCCAGAAAUAGGAGGACAAGAGUUGGUCAUGCAAGAAGGGGUAAUCGCCGCUUAAGUUAUGAUAGGUCAAAUUCAAAUUCUGAUGAAGGUUCUGUGGCAUCAGUGGAGUAUGCAGAUUAUAGGAUAGAAGAGACUGAUGAUGAGUUUGUUAGUACAAGUGGCUCUUCAAGGGGUAGUAGUGGUUAUCGAAGGUCCCAGAGACGCCGCUCCCGCUUUUAUGACAAUUAGGCAGUUUAUAUGCAUUAAAGGGAGGCAAUAGUCAAGAGACGUAGAAAACAGUGUGACAGCUUGUCUUUCACCAUGCAAAGAUUACAUUUAGCUCAUCUAUUGCUUUCGCAGGGAGAUGUGGUGAUUGGAAUUGGUAGACUUAGUAAAUUUGACAGCUCCAUCUGGUCACAUACUCAGUUUCUUUUAUGCUUAGCUUUAAAAUCACAUUUUGUCUUAAUCCAAGUAAUUGUGCUAGCCAUUGGAAGCCUGUUAAUUUCCUCAUGGGCAACCACUGUGAUUUCGCUAGCAUUCUGCUGCUUCACUAUGGAAUAAUGAUUUUUUCUUUUUAUCAUACUAUCCCUGUACAUAUAGGAUAUAACUAAUUGAUUGUGAAAUGUUAGAAUAACUCUAAGGAUGCAGUUUCUAGUCCCUGAAAAUUUAUUAUAUAUUUCUCCAUUUACUGAUAAUAGCCCACGGUCUUCAUAUAUGAGCAUUUACAAAAAAAUUUACAUUCGU